AUGGCGGAGAACACACUCACCUGGUCCGCCCAGCUGGCCGUAGCAUCGCCCCAGCGAGCGGCCCGGCUCCCCGGCGACAAGAUCACACUGCCACAGUCCGCGCUGGAGCAGCUUCUAGCCGCGGCGCCCCUCCAAGCAGUCCCCGUCCCACCGAAUAAUCCUCGCGUGCACACGCCCGCCUUCGACCCGUUCAAUCCGCACACCUUUGCCGCCGAGUCGCGGGCGCGCCAGCAGAUCGAAGAGCGCCAGCAGCAACUCCCGCACCCGCUGACCUUCCGCAUCGUGAAUCCGCAGAACAACCGGUUCGUGUACGCGGGGAUCCGCGAGUUCUCCGCGGCCGAGAAUGAGGUUGCGCUAAGCGCUAUUCUGCGCGAGUCGCUCGGGAUUUUGGACAAUGGGUUCGAGUUCGAGGCCGCGGCACAGGCGCCAAGCAAUCCAAACGUCAACGGCGGCACGCCGGAUAUGCGGAUGGGGGGCGACGUCGGCGGCGAAGGGGCACAAGCGCCGCAAGGGCGGGCAGGCCCGGUAGUCACCGUGCAUGCGAAGCAGCUACCGAAAGGCACAUACGUGCGUCUGCGGCCGCUCGAGGCCGGCUAUGACCCGGAGGACUGGAAGGCACUGCUGGAGCGACACCUACGAGAUAACUUCACAACCCUCACGACGGGCGAGAUCUUGACGGUGCCCGGGACGCGCAACGAGUCGUUCCGCUUCUUGCUGGAUAAGGUGUUUCCCGAAGGAGACGGCAUUUGCAUUGUGGACACUGACCUGGAGGUGGAUAUUGUGGCACUGUCGGAGGAACAGGCGCGGGAGACGCUCCAGAAGCGAUUAGAGCGGGCGGCGCGGGCUCCGGGCACGACGAGCGGCAGCUCGGUUGGGGGUGUGCUUGCUCUUAGAGAGGAUGUGGCGGCGCAGGUGCUGCCGGGGGAGUACGUGGAUUACGAGCUUCGCGAGUGGAAGCGCGAGGAUGUGCUGCAGAUCGAGCUUACGACGGAUGAUCCCAAUGUGUUCCUUUUUGCGAGUCCUCUUGGUGCUCGCCAACGAGGCCGGCCUCGGACGGACAUGCACGUAUGGGGAGACUUCUCAACGCAGUCUUCCAAGAUAUUCAAGAUCCGGCCUACCAACACGGCUCUCGAGGGUGCCGAAGCUAUCUAUAUAUCCGCUUAUGCGAAUCCCACGAACUCCGGUGUCGGCGAUUCAACACCACCACCGCAACAGCAGCAGCCUAUUAAAUACAAUCUGCGAAUAACCACAGAUGGCCUCGACACAGCAGAAGAGACUGAAGACACCGAGGGAUCUCAUGCGCCUGGCGAUGUGCAGUGUAAAAACUGUCAACAAUGGGUACCGGAGCGAACACUAGUCCUCCACGAGAACUUCUGUCUCCGCAACAACAUCUUCUGCCCUCAAUGUGGCAAUGUUUUCCAAAAACGAUCCCCCGAGUGGGAGAACCACUGGCACUGCCCUUAUGAUUCCUCCCACGGCAGCGAUGGCGCCAGCAAACACAGUCAUGACUCAAUAUUCCAUAAUCCCUACGACUGUCCCGACUGCGACGCCCACCUCGAAGGACUCCCCGCGCUCGCACAGCACCGGACGACCGAGUGCCCCGGGAAGCUUAUCCUCUGCCAAUUCUGCCAUCUCCUCGUGCCGCAGAAAGGAGACUCCGACCCAGACCUGCACGACCCCGAAGUCAUGCUUUCCGGCCUGACACCGCACGAACUAGUCGACGGCGGACGCACGACAGAAUGUCAUCUUUGCGGUAAGAUUAUCCGCCUGCGAGACAUGAACACGCACCUCCGACACCACGACCUCGAACGUGUCUCCCGGCCCGCGCCACGCAUAUGCCUAAACCAAAACUGCGGGCGCACACUCACCAGCGCAGGAAACAAGUCCCUGGGCCUCUGCAAUAUCUGUUUCGGACCGCUGUACGUCGACACAUACGAUCCCGAAGGCAAAGCGCUCCGGCGGCGCAUCGAACGGCGAUACCUCUCGCAGCUCAUGACAGGCUGUGGCAAGACCUGGUGCCAGAACGCGUACUGCAAGACUGGCAAACAGAAGACGGCAGCCGGCGUUGUGGCAGCGACGAGUGUGGCUGAUAUCACCAAGCUCACACGCCCGCUGGUCGAGCCUGUCAACGUGAACCCCGACGUCGCCAACACAGCACCUUUCUUCUUCUGUACUGACGAGACGGGCCAACAUCGCCGGAACUUGGCUGAGAUGAUCGCUGCAGAAGGCGUGGCGGGCGACGGGAAAGCAUAUGAUUUGGCCUGGUGUGUGGCUGGCGCAGAAGCAGCUGGGGGGAUUUGGAGAAGACGCGGGAAUGGCUGA